GAAGCUGCCGCGAGUAAGUCAGAGGAAGCAGGAUCAAGAGGGGAGGAGGCUUCAUUUGCAGCCAUGCUGAAUCACUGUUGCUGAUCAGAUCUCCCGCUGGUUGGCUGGGAGAACCGAGAACAGGGCUAGGAUCCUCCAGUGCAUGCACAGCUCAGCGGCUGCCACCCAGGCUGGGCCUCACACAAUGGACGGUGAAAGCAUCAAGCUGAGCUCCCAGCCCCCAAUACAGGCUGGGGAUGACGAAAAGAACCAGAGGACGAUCACUGUCAACCCUGCCCACAUGGGGAAGGCGUUCAAGGUUAUGAAUGAACUGCGGAGCAAACAGCUAUUGUGUGACGUGGUAAUUGUGGCAGAAGAUGUUGAGAUAGAAGCCCACCGUGUGGUCCUGGCAGCCUGCAGCCCCUACUUCUGUGCGAUGUUCACAGGUGACAUGUCUGAGAGUAAAGCCAAGAAGAUAGAAAUCAAGGAUGUGGAUGGGCAGACCUUGAGUAAGCUGAUUGACUACAUCUAUACGGCCGAGAUUGAGGUGACUGAAGAGAACGUCCAGGUGCUGCUCCCAGCAGCCAGCUUGCUGCAGCUCAUGGAUGUUCGCCAGAACUGCUGUGACUUCCUGCAAUCUCAGUUGCAUCCCACCAAUUGCCUGGGUAUCCGCGCGUUUGCAGACGUGCACACCUGUACCGACCUCCUGCAGCAGGCCAACGCUUAUGCAGAGCAGCACUUUCCAGAGGUGAUGCUGGGGGAAGAAUUUCUUAGCCUAAGUCUGGACCAGGUGUGCAGCUUGAUAUCCAGUGACAAGCUGACUGUUUCUUCAGAAGAGAAGGUAUUUGAAGCUGUGAUUUCAUGGAUCAAUUAUGAGAAAGAAACCCGUUUAGAGCACAUGGCAAAGCUGAUGGAACACGUCCGUCUCCCUCUCUUACCGAGGGAUUACCUUGUCCAGACAGUUGAAGAAGAAGCUUUGAUAAAGAAUAACAACACCUGUAAGGACUUCCUCAUCGAGGCCAUGAAAUAUCAUCUUCUCCCUCUGGAUCAGAGGCUCUUGAUUAAAAACCCAAGGACGAAGCCCAGGACUCCAGUUAGCCUGCCCAAGGUCAUGAUCGUGGUUGGCGGCCAGGCACCCAAGGCCAUCCGCAGUGUGGAGUGCUAUGAUUUUGAGGAGGACCGGUGGGAUCAGAUUGCUGAGCUCCCCUCCAGGAGAUGCAGAGCAGGUGUGGUGUUCAUGGCUGGCCACGUGUACGCCGUGGGCGGGUUCAAUGGUUCACUGCGUGUGCGGACAGUGGAUGUGUAUGAUGGGGUGAAGGACCAGUGGACGUCCAUCGCCAGCAUGCAGGAGCGCCGGAGCACGCUGGGAGCAGCUGUGCUCAACGACCUGCUCUACGCCGUCGGGGGCUUUGAUGGCAGUACUGGCCUGGCGUCAGUGGAAGCCUAUAGCUACAAGACCAACGAGUGGUUCUUCGUGGCCCCAAUGAACACGCGGCGGAGCAGUGUGGGUGUGGGUGUCGUAGAGGGGAAGCUAUAUGCCGUUGGGGGUUAUGAUGGGGCUUCCCGCCAGUGCCUGAGCACCGUGGAGCAGUACAACCCAGCGACCAAUGAGUGGACAUACGUGGCAGACAUGAGCACUCGUCGCAGCGGCGCAGGGGUUGGGGUCCUCAGUGGACAGCUGUAUGCCACAGGUGGGCACGACGGGCCCUUGGUGAGGAAGAGUGUCGAGGUUUACGAUCCUGGAACAAACACCUGGAAGCAGGUGGCAGACAUGAACAUGUGCCGGCGCAAUGCAGGGGUCUGUGCAGUGAAUGGGCUCCUGUAUGUGGUUGGAGGGGAUGAUGGAUCCUGUAACCUGGCUUCGGUGGAGUACUACAAUCCUGUCGCUGACAAGUGGACGCUGCUGCCAAGCAACAUGAGCACAGGGCGGAGCUACGCAGGUGUUGCUGUGAUUCACAAGCCCUUGUGA